GACCCUGUCUCAAAAAGUAAGGUGGAGAAGGACCAAGGAAGACACCUGGAAAUGAGUUUCAACUGUUCUCUGUGGCAGGAGAACAGCAUGUUUGUCAAACGCUUUGCAUUUGCCAAGUUCUCUGAGGUCCAUGGAGAGUGUUCUCUCCUCUUCACCCUUGUGCUCUUCAUGUUCUUGGUGUCCCUGACUGGCAAUGUACUUAUCACUCUAGCCAUCUGGAUGAACCCAGCCCUCCACACUCCCAUGUACUUCUUCCUGGCCAACUUGUCUCUCCUGGAGAUCGGUUACACGUGCUCAGUCAUACCUAAGAUCCUCCAGAGCCUUGUGAGUGAGGCCAGAGGGAUCUCUUGGGAGGGCUGUGCCACACAGAUGUUUUUCUUUAUAUUCUUUGGCAACUGUUGUCCUCUGGCAGCCAUGGCUUUUGACCGCUACAUGGCCAUAUGUGCCCCACUGCACUAUGUGACAAGAAUGGGUGGUGGGGUGUGUGUCCAACUGGCCAUGGUGUCUUGGGGAAUGGCAUGCAUAGUAGGUUUGGGGCAGACCAAUUUCAUUUUCUCCUUGAACUUCUGUGGCCCCUGUGAGAUCAACCACUUCUUCUGUGACCUUCCCCGUCUCCUUGCUCUGGUCUGUGGAGAUACAUCUCAUAACAAGGUUGCGAUCUUUGUGGCUGCAGUCCUCUGCAUUUCCAGCCCCUUUUUACUGAUCAUUGCUUCAUAUGGCAGAAUUCUAGCUGCAGUGCUGGUGAUGCCCUCUCCUGAGGUCCGCCAUAAAGCCCUUUCUACCUGUUCCUCCCUCCUACUUGUAGUAACACUCUUCUAUGGCUCAACAUCUACCACGUAUUUGAUGCCCAAGCCUAGCCACUCACCAGGAGCAGAUAAACACCUGGCUAUCUUCUACACAGUGGUGACAUCCAUGCUGAACCCCAUCAUCUACAGUUUAUGGAACAAGGAAGUCAAGGCAGCAUUAUGGAGAACCCUGGGCAGGUUAAAGUUUCUUACCAUGGAUAGGUAA